ACAAGUCAUUCCAUCUAACACUUGACCUGAAUAACCUUCCUAAAUCAAAAUGGCUCUUUAUUGUCAGCUUACUUCACCGCCUUCAUUAACUUUUAAAAGAUUGCCGCCUUUAAACAGCUCCUUAGUUGGAUCAUCCAGCAACAUCGUUGGUCGAGCUGGUAGAUCAGUACUCAAAUGUAUAGCUGCAACCAAAACGUCCGAUGAAACCAUUGUUAGACGAUCAGCCAAUUACCCACCUUCCAUUUGGUCCCAUGAUUAUGUUCAAUCACUUACCAGUAACUAUGUGGGCGAACCAUUUACCAAACGGGUUGAAAAGCUCAAGGAAGAAGUUAGGCUGAUUCUUAAUUCGGUGGAUCCUUUAAAUCAACUAGAGCUGAUCGAUGACUUGGAAAGGCUUGGAGUAUCUUAUCACUUUCAGGAUGAAAUAAGGAAAAUCCUAAAUAAGAUACACAACAAUAAUUCCAGCAACUAUAAACAAAGGAAAGAAAGUUUACAUGCAGUAACUCUUGAAUUCAGACUUUUAAGACAAUAUGGCUAUGAUAUACCGACAGAAAUUUUCGACAAUUUCAGGGAUGAGAAAGGAAACUUUAGGCCAUGCCUCAAAGAUGAUUGCAGAGGUAUUUUAUCUAUGUAUGAAGCUGCUUUUCUUUUGAAAGGAGAGAAUGUCAUCUUUGAUGAUGUUAGAAAUUUCACAACCUCCUACCUCAAGGAAUAUGUGAAAGAAAACAAAGAUCAAUAUCUUUCCACUGUAGUGAGCCAUGAGUUGGAGCUUCCACGGUAUUGGAGGUUGCCAAGAUUGGAGGCAAGGUGGUUCAUUGAUGUAUAUGAGACAAGACCUGACAUGUCU